CUGCCACAAUGUACAAGAUGCAACUCUUGGCUUGCAUCGCACUAACUCUUGCAGUCCUUGCAAACAGUGCACCUACUUCAAGCUCUAAGAGGGAAACACAGCAACAACUGAAGCAAUUACAGAUGGAUUUAAAGUUGCUUUUGGAAGGAGUUAAUAAUAACAAGAAUCCCAAACUCUCCAAGAUGCUCACAUUUAAAAUUAACAUGCCCAAGAAGGCCACAGAAUUGAAACAUCUUCAGUGUCUAGAAGAAGAACUCAAACCUCUGGAGGAAAUGCUAAAAAACUUUCUCUCGAAAGAUAUCAAGGAAUUAAUGAGCAAUAUCAAUGUAACAGUUCUGGGACUAAAGGGGUCUGAAACAAGAUUCACAUGUGAAUAUGAUGAUGAGACAGGAACAAUUGUAGAAUUUCUGAACAAAUGGAUUACCUUUUGUCAAAGCAUCUUCUCAACAAUGACUUGA